AUCCAACUUUAUUUGUAUUUUCAACCAUUUGAUUCAAUGGUAAGACACUUGAAAUUCAUAGGAGCUAUAUAGCAUCUGAUUCCAGAGAAUUAUGCAGGAACAGGCAGUAUCAAUUUUAAUUUUCGUUAAUGGGGAAUAUUCUAUCCCACUCACUCUGACCAGUGACACCCAAAACUUCUUGAUUAAGCCUCUGACUCCUAGUCUCGAAGGGAACAUUAUCUGUUAGUUUCUAGGUGGAUUCCUUCUGGAGGAUAAAGCUAAAAAUCAGUGUCCUUUUGCUCAAGCUCUCUAUGACAACCAUUAAAUUUGGACAUCUUUGCACAAGAUAGAGCGUAGAGUAUAAGCUUAUCAUUAGUCAUAGUCUCAUAGACAGUCCACUGUUCUUAGUUAUUUUGGUUCUCAAGUGCUGCAUUCUGACACUCUUGAAUGGAGCCCGGAGCUACAAGGAGGACGAACCGGUUUUCUUCAUAUGAGAGGUUGGUCGCCAUCGGGUUGGCACUUCUAGCUGUGCUUUCUCCUCUCUAUAUUGACCGCACAACAGUGGAUGAUUCAGAACUUGACUUGCAAGAGCCCAUCAAUUUUGCUGCUUGGCUGCCCCUGCUGCUCGUGGUGUUGAUCUUGGCCAUCACUUUGUCGCUUUACUUGGACCGAAGCUUUACCAGGUUCGAUCCUUACUGGAUUUACAGAGUUGGCGGUUCUUCGAGUGGGAUUAUAAUAACUCUCCUGGUUCUGGCGUUGGUUUUGAAGUGUAAAGCUUCUGUUUGGAACCGGGAGGCUUAACUCAACUCCUUUUGCAGUACUAUUACGUUUUUCUGCUAUGUAACUUGGGUACUGGUUUUAACAGGGCAAAGUUCAUGUAUCUUUCUAUAAUAAAAGUAAGCAGUUUCUCGUUGAA